UGGGAGAGGGCUGGGAGGGACGAGGGCUGGCGGGGAGAGGCUGGUGGGAGGCUGCGGUGCCUCCGGCUUUGUUGUGACCAAGAAACCCCUGACCUUGGGCCUGGCCGAGCCACCUGUCUCGGCUUCUGAUUAAGCUCUCUCAAUAAGGCCAGGCGGCUGUUUUUAGGCUCUGAGCUCAGCCUGGGGCGGGAGCUGGCGCUGCAGGAGCCUGGGGCCGCGAUGCUCCUCUCCCCACGAUAGAGGGAACGCCUUCAAGCCCCAGCUCUGAGGCUGCAGCAGCUCUGAUCAAAACCGAUACCGAGUCUUCUGCCUUGAAGACAACAACCGAAAAAGAGAAAGCGAGCUUGUGCUGACUUCCCACUUUCCUUUCCUCUUAUCCCUGCGUUACCUUCGGGCUGUAAAACACGAAGGCUCACAGGAGGCAGCUCUGCUACUGGGCCCGGCCCCCAGCAGCCGGGGCGGGACGGGGCGGCCCCUCAGGAGCUGGUCCCGGUGGCGGUGGUGGCGGCAGGCGGCGGGUGAUGAUCGUCGUCUCCAUACCUGCAGCGGAGCCCGAGGCGACGGCGCGCAGCCCCGAGAAGGCGCACACGGUGUUCCUGGUGGAGGUGCUGUGCAAUGGCCGGCGGCACACGGUGGCGAAGCGCUACAGCGAGUUCCAGGCGCUGCACAAGCGGAUCAAGAAGACCUGCAAGGUGCCCGACUUCCCCCCGCGGCGGGUCCCCAACUGGGUGCCCAAGGUGCUGGAGCAGCGCCGGCAGGGCCUGGAGCUCUACAUCCAGGGCGUCCUGUGCCGCAACAAGGAGCUGCCCCAGGACGUGCUGGACUUCCUGAAGGUGCGGCGCUGCCAGCAGGACCCCAAGGGCAGCAGCCCCCCCACCAGCCACCCGCCCUCCCAGCGACCUGUCCUUGGCUUCCACACUGACCCGUACGUGCGGCUGCCGGUCACGGAUGCACUCCCCGACACCGUGCUGAGCGGGGUGCUGCAGGGCCUCUACGCCCCAUGGAGCUGCUGCCCCCGUGCAGCCGUGUCCCAGGGACAGCCGGGCUCCUGAGCACCCCCAGCGCGGAGGGCAGGGACGUGGUGGUCGUAGCACGUGAAGGAUCUUGGCAGUAACACCUUGCCUACGGAGCGAGCACUGAUGAGGGUGCGGUGGGAGAAGCCCCGUCACAGUGACUUUCCAACAACGUGCCUUAGUGUGGCAUGCAGGAGCUCUGUGUCGCGGUUGUGGGAGAAGCCUUUGGGGGGGGCUGACCCAUGCCAAGAAAAACUCUCAGCACCUGGGCUUUUGUGCAAUAAAUCACUGCGGUUCCAGUGGCCAAAGGUGGCUGUGUGUGACUUCUGCAAUGUGAGGCCAGAGCUGUGGUGCUGCUCUGAGGCACAGGAGAAGGGGGGAGAGGGCUGGCGGCACGAGGGUGGGCUUGUGGGGAAAGUGCUGGGAGGCACAAGCCCAUCAACCCUGACCAGUGGCGGUCCGUUCUCCUCGCUGCCUAGGAGAACCAGAAGGAACAAGGAGGC